CACACACACACACACACACACACACACAGAGUCACUCUAUCUCUCCUUUCUCACAUUCCUUUCUUUUUCAUUCUCUCUUUAAUUUCACUUUUUAAUCUCUUCUUUCUUUCUUUCUUUCUUUCUUUCUAUUUCAUGUAUUCAUCUCUUGCUCUCUCAUGCAAACACAUGUUCAUUUGUUCUUUCUUCUCUUUUUCUUUUGUUCGUUCUCUUGUAUUUAUAUUAUUUUACAUUCUUUGCUUCUAUUUCUUCUUUCUUUCUUCAUUUCUUCCUUCCUUCCCUUUCCUCCCAACUUCUUUCGUUCCUUCCUUCCUUUCUUUCUUUUUCAUGCAUUAAUAUCUUUCUGUCUCUCUCUCUCUCAUACGAACACAUUUUUAUUUGUUCUUUCUUCCCUUUUUCUUUUAGUUUGCUCUCUUGUUUUUAUAUUAUUUUUUUAUAUGCUUUGCUUCUCUUUCUUUCUUUCUUUCUUUCUUUCUUUCUUUCACACCCACCAGGAUCUCUCUCCCACGGUCUCUCUCUCUCUCUCUCUCUCCCUCUCCCUCUCUCACAAACACGUUACUCUCAUUCUCACUCCAGUUUUCUUAACUGUGUGGGUGGCCAAGGUCGUCAGUGGGAAGUGAAUGCGAUUCUUGAUUAAAGAGCUCUGCGCAGGUCGGAUAUUGGUGACGUGGCCACAUAAAAAACUUUUUACUUCACAGUUACGAGGCGGUGCACAUCUGCAGUUCAGUGGCAGCCAUCAGCAGUGUGUGUGUAGACAAAGUGAACAUGCCUCUAAUAAGAGAGUCACGCAAGAAGGCAGAAGACAUCCACGCUGUAUAUGAGCUGAAGGAGAAACUGGGAGAAGGCUCAUUCUCUGAGGUGAGAGUGGCUCAACACCGCCUCACACACAAGCAUGUAGCGGUCAAGUGCAUCCGCAAAAAGGCCCUGAAGGGUAAAGAGUCCAUGCUGGAGAACGAGAUCGCUGUCUUACACCGAAUCAAGCAUGAAAAUAUCAUUUCCCUAGAGGAGACGUUCGAGACGCCUACAAAACUGUAUUUGGUAAUGACACUGGUGACUGGAGGUGAGCUGCUGGACCGAAUUCUAGAGCGAGGCAGCUACACAGAGAAGGAUGCCAGCCGCGUCAUCCUGCAAGUUCUGGAAGCUGUCAAGUACCUCCAUCAGCUGGACAUUGUGCACAGGGACCUGAAGCCAGAGAACCUGCUAUAUGAAACUCCAUUACAAGAUUCCAAGAUUGUCCUUAGCGACUUUGGGCUUUCAAAAAUAGCCGAUCAGGGCGUCUUGUCCACUGCUUGUGGAACCCCUGCUUACGUAGCUCCUGAGCUUCUACAGGAGAAGACAUAUGGUAAAGAAAUAGACUUGUGGGCUGUGGGAGUGAUUUCGUUUAUUAUGCUGUGUGGUUAUCCUCCAUUCUACGAUGAUAAUGACACUGAACUCUACAAACAGAUCAUACAGGCAGAGUUUGAGUUCGACUCGCCGUACUGGGAUGACAUCUCACAUUCAGCCAAAGACUUCAUAGUCCACUUACUGCAGAAAGAUCCAAAGAAGAGGUUCAAUUGCGAGCAGGCCUUGCAGCAUCCUUGGAUUUCAGGUGGAGCAGCUCUGGAAAAAAACAUACACGGCUCCGUGUCCGAGCAAAUCCAGAAGAACUUUGCCAAGAGCCAGUGGAAGAGAGCCUUUAAUGCCACCAUGUUGGUGCAUCACCUCAGGAAGAAGGCCCACGCUAGUGAGGAGGAAGAACGAGACACAUCUCAGAGACCUUAUGAAAUCCAACUGGCGGAGGACCAAAAGUCAACACAACCAUACGUCUGAGUGAGCAUUUUUCUAAGCAGACCCUGCAGACCCUGAACUGCUGAUGUCGGCUCUAUGUGCUGCUUUGCCUAAUACGAACCAGCGUGACUUGUACGUGCGCCAGAUGGAAGUGCAUUAGAGCCUCUUUCGAGCCUAGUCUUCACUGCUACACGAUCACUGUAAGGGAAUCGUUAGAAACCCACAUGUACGCUUAAAUGCCAUGUUGUAAUAUACGUUGUGUAUAAAGAGCAUACUACUACUUUUAUUAGUGAACAUCCUUAGUGAGGUAAUGAUGCUAUGGCUAAACUGGUAGAUCAUAUAACAUCUGUUCCAUGCACCUGAGGGUAAAUAAGAUGAAAGAAUACUGCAUAUUAAAUAAUAUAUUACACUUUAUUUGAAGGGUCAGGGCCUUUAGAACACAUUCAUAAGUCUUGCAUAAAACUUUUAUAAAGCAGUGCUAGAGGAUUUAUGAGAGGCUCGUGUGAUGAAGUGACCGUUCAAGAUUGUUGAUGCACAAUUUUUAUAUUGAUCUUGCUAGUUUGUUUUAAUGACAGCAAAUAAUUUCAAAGCUUUGAGACAUCUUCUGAUAAGUUUCCUUUCCAUUCCCAUUCCUUUAGCCCACAUAUGAGCUUUUAAGAAAAAGAAAGUUGGGUGUAUAGACAUGAAACAUUUUAGAAGACAUUUUGCUAAAAAAAAAAAAAAAAAAAAGAAAAAAAAAGUGUUAAUUUCACCUAUGAAUGGAGACUUUGGGACACGCUGUAUAGUGUCUAUUUAAUUGUUUUAUGCAACGGCUGGUGGCAGAAACUGACUUCACUUUGGAGAAAUAUCAGUUUAAUUUCUCCGGGUGGUCUGCAAUAAAUUAUGAUAAAACUCUCUCUUUCUGUCAUCUAUAAAUUAACAUGGCAUUAAUAGUGUUGAGAAUUUUGGCUCUGUUUAGUGAGUCCCCAUAUGAAUCAUUGCCUUCUUUUUUUCUAAACUGAACAAUCUUUAUGAUAUGUUGACCAGUUAUGUCCCUGUAGCUGAGAUUGUUAAAUCUAAGUCUACCUUCUAAAUAAAAAAACAAAAAAACCCAAAACAGAACUUGCUUUUACCUUACCAAAUGGCUCAUAUUUGAGUCACUCAAAGAAUCGACUCGUGUGUGAACGACACAUCACUGGUUUCCUUUCCUGCAAACCCCAUAUAUACAUUUUUUGAUCAUAAAUUUAUUUCUAGAAAAUGAUCACAUUGUGGUAUAUGCAAAUAUAAUUUGAGCUUCAUUUGGUAUAAUGUCAGUUUAAUCAACCAGCAGGAUUGCACUUUCUUUUUUGUUGUAACAGGUUUAAUGAAGGAAGUAUGUAGGUGACGUAACAUAGAUCUGUUAUAAACAUAUAACAUAUGCCAGUUUUUUACAUUUUAAAUUUGUUCAACUCAAGUUUUUUUUUCUCCUAUCGCCGCUCCUGGCUCCAGCUCCUGUUUCAGUAGUAUUAAAAUUUCAUACUCCUAUAUAAAGCAGAUGCAGAACAUACACUUCCCAGACCAUAUGAUAGCAGGUUGAUACUAUAUAACAUAUGUCUCAAGGAUUUAUCAAUGUACCUUGGUAAAAGACAAACUAAUAACCUGUUAGGAUUUUUUUUUUUUUUUUUUAAAUGACAGACCAUAAUGAUAACAGAUGUUUUUUUUUUUUUAAUCUUCUCUAUUCAACUUUGCACAACAUAAGAAGGUAUGAAUGUCACCUCAUAGGUUUUGACAUGACGUAUCUUCACUUGAGGCCAUAAGUUUACAUACCGCUUGCAGAAGUUGCAAAAUGUUCAGAAUUAAAAAAUAAAUAAAUAAGACGGAUCAAUAAAAUUUUAUUUGCUUUUUUUUUAAUUUAAUCCUGGCCUGAAUAAGCUAUUUCACAUAACAGAUGUUUACAUAUAAUUCACACAACACAAUAAUAACUGAAUUUACACAAACAAACCAGUUCAAAAGUUUACAUUCACUUGAUUCUUAAUACUGUGCAUUGUUACCUGGAUGAUCCACAAAUGUGUUUAUGUUUUGUGAUAGUUGUUCAUGAGUCCCUGGUUUGUCCUGAGCAUUUAAACUGCCCACUGUUCUUCAGAAAAAUCCUACAGGUCCUGCAUAUUAUGAGGUUUUUGGUUGUACACUCUAUUUUACACAAAAUAGAUGAAUAAAAUAGUUGAUUCUCAAGAAGGCAACACGACAUAUUAAGAGUCAGGAUUAUUUUGUCUUCUGGGAAACAUGUAAGUAUUGUAUGCAGCUUCUGAAGGACAGUAACAAAAACAAAAAUAAUAAUUUACGUCCUGUAGCAUUGUACUAUAUACUGUAAUAAUGAAUGAAUAAUUAUGAAUGUGUUAUGAAGGCCGAAUGUAGGCAUCCUUUAAAUAACUUGUUACAUCACAAUACAACAUACAGUAUAUUGGUAGAAACUAAAAGCAAUGCUUAAAAUGAACAAAACAUUAACCGCUGAACUAACAGUCCAUGUUUGUGGUGGUUAGAUGAGGCUGAAUGGGAUAAAUUCACUGUACAUCCCCAAACUGUUUGAUUAAUUUAGUCAGUUAUUCAAUCUGUAUUAUAUGAUGCAGUUUAAUUGACGCUAAUUCACUGUGCAUGUACUUAUAUUUAUUACCGGAUGAUGGUGUAUUUACUUAAUGCGUACACAAAUCUUAUUAAAUGUGUAUUCAUUUAAUUUGGUAACAUUAUUUAUGGCUUAUUAACACUGAAGUUGAUGCUGUUUAAUGGUAACUAAAGCAUUGAAUUAUGUUACUCAUACAUUCUGUGUUGGAAAAUUGUACAGUCAGCACUUUAUAUUACACUGUGUGUUAUUGCUUUAGACGUUUAAGAACUAUACGUUUGCAUAAGGACAUCUCUUCGGAUCAUGAUUACGAUGGGAGAUUUGUAAACGAUUUUAAUACCUAUGUUUGUGACUUGAACUUUCCUCUUUCAGUUUACAGCUCGUAAUGGUUAGUAGCUAGAUCAGCCACAGACGAUCAAGUUGUCCCUCGUCCUGUUACUUUCAAAUUCAUAUGGAGUCUAUUGACAUGUUGUUGAAAAGUAAAUAAACUUCAUAUCACAUGUUGGCAGAUGUCUUCAUGAAUGUCUGUAGACGGUUUGUAGAGAGUUACCGUCACUGAUUAGGCCGUAGAAUUGGCCUAAUCAGACAAAAAAUGGAAAAACAUUGAAUAUAAUGUAAAAACCAGACACUAAGGUUCUCAACUGGCGUAUUUUCUGCACUAACACUAAUGCAACACUAAUGUUAUCCCUUUUUAUGAUACAGGUAAUGAUCUUUAUUAAGAAAACUGAACUAAGUUGCAUGAUAGCACAGUGAGUAUUAUUGCUGCUUCACAGCUCUAGGGUCCCUGGGUUGAUCUUAAGCUCGGUUUACUGUCUGUGCGGAGUUUCUGUUCAUACUCUCCGCACAUGGGUUUCUUCCCACUGCCCAUAAACAUGCUAUGCUAAACUGCCCCUAGGUGUGAAUGAGUGUCUAAAUGAGCGUGUGCAUGAUGCCCUGCAGCCCUGUAACUGCCAUCCCAUCCAGGGUGAAUUUUCUUCUUCAGUUGUGAAGUGCCCCAGAUAUUUAGUGGAUGUUUGAAUGAUUUCCUGAUAUGUAUGGAACUGCCUUAAAUUCUUUCUCAAACUGUGUGGUAUGUGAGUUUUGUGCUAUCUUUAAACCGACCGUAAAAUAUUCGUCCAGCAGAGGGCAGUGCGGUCCAAUUUUUAUUUUAUUUAUUUAAUUUUUGUUUUAAGGGAAGCUUGCCCUGCAAGAGAAAGACAUAAUCAUAUUAGAUGAACCCACAACCUCAACACCAGACAUGUUCGUGCUCUCCCAGUGGGCACUGCAUUAGCAUUUUAAAAAAUUGACUUACAGAAAGAUCUUGAUUAGGCUUUUCUAAUGACACACCUGAUAAAAGCCUGUUCUAAUGGACAGCCUAAUGAACGGCUGUUCAAAUGGAAAACCUAAUAGCACACGCCACAAGCUGUCUUAACUCAGUUGUUUUAAUAAGUGUGCCAAGGUCACCUCGAUAUUCAGAAUAAAUCAGGUGCUGCUUUCUCAUGUUGGGACGCCAUUUGUAUCCCAUUUACAAAUAUAUGUAUGUAAAGUAAAGGUAAAAACAGAUAACGUGUCUUUCACAACAACCCGUGUGCAGGUUUCAGAUAAAUGACUAACAGCACUUUGAAAACAGCACUUUUGUCUGUCCCAG